UUGGUUCUAUGCUCCAGGGAUGUAGAGAACAUGCUGGAAAAUAUAAGUUUUGAAAAUCAGCUUUCUCCUCCCAGUCGCUCAUUUUAUCAUUUCUAAAUUUACAGCUCAAACUCUCUUGUCCCAAGUAAUAAGACGACUCAGACAAAAGUUUGUAAGGAGAAAUAUUUUGAGGGAUUUGCUCCUGGAAGGGGAACAAAUCCUCCCCCGUGGGUGUCGCGUUGCCGUCAGUAACCGGAGCAGAGCAGGACACUGCGUGAACAAAUCCAAGUUUAGCAGAAUGCUGUCAUGAAAUACAAACAGGGAUGACACCAAAGUGACUUUUAAGUAUCUGAUACACACCCAUGUUAGUUUACUGUCACGUCAUUGACAGUUUUAGUCGAUCAGUUCCUCCCAAUACCAGAAGAAGCAAGUGGCAUUGAUGUAUUUUUGCUUUCCAGUUACUAUUUCCGUGGCAACCAAAUUGGUUUAAUCCCCAAAACCUAGUUUUAGACUCAUUACUGUGUUGAUUCAUGCAACAGGAAUGUGUGUAAUGGAUUAUCUGACGUCUGUAGAAAGUUUGUUACAUGGUGCGCCAAGCUGAAAAUGGCUGCGUGCGGAGGUAGAUUAAUGACACAAUGAUACAAAUGCACUCAGGACAUAAUUGUGCAUAUUUUAAUUAUCAGCCUAUUACCAGCAAGUGGGGGGGGAUCAUAUGCUUCACUUCGCUCUCCCCGAUGAAGAACAGAGUCCGUGGUGAACGGCGUGUUGCUGCUCUGAGCCUCCGAUGUAACUGUAUGAGCAAAGUCAGCUGUUAAACAGAGACACAACCUGUCAGCUUCCCAAACCGGGGGAUGGCUGAAGCGGUUUCUGUGGCGGUUUGUCGUCGUGGACCAUCAGCCGCAUGGACGACCUCACACGGAACGCACUCGUGUGGAGCCGGAUGUGCAUAAUCAACACGUGUAAAACCUUAACGACGCACUUUCAGCAGGAGACGUGUGGCGUUAAACUUUAAGUGCAGUGUUUAAUCAGGAGACUUGAUAAAUGAGUUUGAUUUAAAGCUCCUACAGGGACUUUCUAACUGGCUGUGAAACGGCCUUAUUUUAAUAUCGCUGCCUCUUUAUGACCCACAACAGGUUCUGUCCCUGUGACGGAUCACCUGCCAACAAAAAGAUCACAGCCAUCAACAUUCAUUUGCUUCUGUACAUGAAAGACACUGAAAACAGGAAAUCCCUCCCGACAGUGACGAACUAAUGCAGAUGAAUUGAUGAACUCGUACUAAACUAACAUAGGGGACAUGGUAAACACUUUACACCUGCUCAACACCAGCAUGUUAUCAGUGUGUAACUGUUAGCAUGAUGAUUAUAGCAUAUUGCUCAAAGUGAUAUAAUGACGUGUAUGUUUUCCAUAUAUAACUAAUCCUAUAUUGCGGUUUCUUUAAAAUUUGUGUUAAUGUGUACAAAACCGAUUCCUCUUGCAACGCAAACACAACAGGGAAACCAGAUGGUUCCCAUCAAUCUCUUCUCCCCUGGUGUUCACACAGAAGCCCAACCCCUCCAAAACUUUAUUUUUAAGUCCCUGUACAUUUUUUACAGCUCACAUGUGCAUUUCUCUCACUUCAGUUGCUUCACCAAAAAAAUAAAAAAACACCCUCUGACUGCCCACCAGUCGAAAUGAAGAGCUGAGCUUUGUAACUCCCCAGCUGGCCCAGUGCGUCACAAGGCUGCUCCAGCAUAAUAUUUUCCUUCACCCUGCAGUUUCCUCUGUCGAGCAGGCUGCCAUGGACGGGCUCAUAAAAGCUCCUUGUUUGGAGGACGUGAGGUCCGAGAGGCUGUGGGGUUCAUUCAUCACCAUUAAAGUGGUUUGGGUUUGAAACCGACACGAGGCGUCUACACUGAGUUUAAAGAUGAAGCCUCAUUUAACCUGCUGCGUUAAGAGUCGUGCCACUUAAUGCAUCGCACGGAAAUAGCUAAGCGAAUGCAGGAAGAGGAGGAGAAGAGGAUCAGGGCGAGGAGCAGAGGGCAGGAGGGCCACAGUGAAGACAGCGCCGGUGACUCUGCUCUGCCGGCCUCACACCAGCACACACUCAGCAGCCAACGAGGGGAGCAGUGCUCAUCUACCACCACAAGGUGGCAGUAUUCUACCUCUCACAACCAUUCAGACCUAACUGGGGCUGUCCCCCCCAGGGGACCAGUAGCUCGGGAAAGCACAACUUCAGGGUCAAAUCAAGGAUGCACAGAUUCCAUUAGGCCGAUCAGGGAAGAGUUGAGUGAGGACUCAGAGGACACAGACACAGUUUUCUCUGCACAGCUCUCUGUCUGGUCCCAGAGACCGAAUAGAAGACUAAACACAGCCCCUCCUCAACGCCGGGCCGCUUCGCAUUAUCCACAAGAGAGAAACUACAGAAGUCUUAACUCGCGCAGCAGCAUCACAGAUGACUUCAGAGGCUGGAACGAGGAGAGAGGGGAAGGGGAUGAGGAUUAUUAUGACAAUGAAUGUUAUGACAGAGAGAAGAAGAGACAUGGGAACCGGCAGCAGGAAAGGAGCCACAGAGAGGAGUAUGAGGGAUGGCACAGGAGCAAGGAUCAGGAGAGAGACUCCAGGUCAGUCGAGGUUAGAGAAAAGCGAUGCAGCCGCAGUGAAUCCGUCAGGUUACCUGACAGGAGUAGACACAGCAACAGAGACUUAGCGAGGACCUGGAGCCAAAGGGACAACCCAGACAAACGUGUCCACUUUCAGGACGACACCAGAAACUCUAACAGGCAGCCGGAUGACAGCGGACAAGUCUGGGAGAUGCUUGGCCAGGUCCUCAGGGAGAGGGGUGUGCCUGUGACGGUUGGUGCCAACGGGGCACCACUGCAAAUAGGGCCUCAAAGCCGAGACAGCCAGGUGCUUCAUGGGAGCGAGGUCUCCUGCUGCAGCUCCCAACCACAUCAGAGAGUCUUCCAGAGAGCGGCCACCACCAGGCACAGUUUCCAUGGAGAUAUCAGGAAGAGGAGGCUAUCGUCACACCGAGAGAACAGUGGGAGAGAUCACAGAGAAGACCCAGACGGGCACUGUGAUAAUGGGGAGCGUUAUGGAGAGGUUCAUGAGAUUAGCAGCAGAGAGUCCAAUCUUGCGAGCGGGGAAAGUCGAGGCAGUAGAAGGUGGAGCGAGCACAGAAACACUAAUGACGACGAGAGGGGGAGGAAUGCAAAUGAUUCCAGGGUCAAGAGGACAACGAGUGAACGCCGGCCUUGGCACAAGACCACAGAACGAAGGUUAAGCUCGGAGGAGGUGCGGGAGGUGGAAGGGAGGGCGGAGUGGCCCCCUCGACGAGCCCCACAGCGUAGCCUAAGCCUCAGCAGCACCGGGGCCUCCACCAUGGAUAGGUCAAGGCACGAGGCAGCAGGUGUGUCACUGCAACCAGACCCGAGUGAGACAAGCCUGAACCUUGGGGAAUUGCAGCAGGUCCUGCGAGAUGAAGAACUCGCCCGCAAGCUGCAGGAAGAAGAGGACAAGCCGAUGAGGAGGAACUCCCAACCCCCUCCACGUAGUCCGUACCCACAGGGAGACUUCAGAGUAGCGCAAGUGGCGCAGGACGAGGAAAUCGCACGUUUUAUGCAGAAGCAGGAAAUCAAGUCAAAGCGUCGAUCGCGCGAGCUCGAAGGACCGGCGUCGUGGCGUGAGCACAGAGCGAUGAUCAGUCACCAUGAUAGACGAACUGCAAGAGAGAGACAGGUCCAGCGAGAGAGACUGGACUCAGAGGGACUUCCUUCCCCCACGGAGGACUGCUGCCCGGAGAACCAGCCGCCCAGUCCCAGCUCCACUUUACUACCAGCCCAGCACAUCAGGAACAUCGCAGAGGAGCUGGACCCGACCUUCCAGGCCCGGAGGCAAGACACAGAGCGCCACCAAGUGGAACAAACUGGUCCAGCGUGUCAGUCACUUCCUGUGCCGCAUUCUGGCUUAAACGCCUUCCUCGUGGAGCCGGCGUUCAUCCCGCCCACAAAGCGGCAGCCCGAAAAAUCGACGCACUCGAAACCAAAAGAGAAGAAGGAAAACUGCAAGCAGCAAUAAUGUCCGGCACUGUGAGUGAUGGAUUGAAAAUAUAUCUCAUAGCACUAAAUAUCAGUUCUCACGACCCCAUUACUUUGAGGUUAAAAGAGUUUACUGGCCACUCCCAUUAGCACUUUAGACCAGUGGAACAAAGAAGUGACAUUUAAGAAAAGUCCUAGAUUGAGUGAAUAGUGACAACACUUUGGACUCAUGCCUUUAUGAUUAUCAAAGGGAAAACUGAGGCUUAUUGAAGUAUUGUUUGAAUUCAUCAUUGUUGAGUGUUUAAUUUAAACAGUAUAACAUUUUUAUAUUUGUAUCCUUUUAUUUGCGAAUGUGUUGUCAGCAUCCAAAAGGUCCUCUUUGUUUAUAUGUGUUUAAAGGGCAGCAGCGUUUUCUGCAAAAUGCACAUGAUUCAUUUUCCACAAGAAAGACACUGUGGAAAUAACCAAGGUCGAAUGAGAGGUAACUUCCUCACCAUCAGUUUAGCAUUGUCUGACUGUAGAGGAGAAACCCUGAGCUGCUCACUUUAACCAAGAGGACAAAACAAGAAGUUACUCUGAUAACCUGAGUGAGGGGGUUUUCGGGUGAGCGACUGCCAACUUUGUUUCAGAGCAGUUUGACCAGACUCCUGCCGCGUCUGCAGAAGCACUACGACAAUCAAAUGAACUUAUUUAAUCAUUAUUUAAAUACGGAAACACAUAUUACAACUGUCAUCAUUUUAUGUCACGGUGCAUUGUAAUAUCCAAAUGUAAAUAUAACCCAACUUGUGAGGACGGAUGUUCGAUCUUUGGGGUCAUUAUGUAUUCAGCAAAGUAAUCUAAGCUCAAAGGUUAGCAGCUAUUUUGGAGAUUUUCAAGAGAGGCCGUCCCUGUGACCCUGGUUUCCCCACAUAUCCGACCGCUUGUUAUCGUGUGACGGAAUUUUAACACUUACACCAGGUCACAUGAUGACAUCUGAGCCUGCUCCAUCCCCUGAGGGAAAGAGAUGCAUUUGAAAACUCCAAAAACAACUUGUAUGUGGUACUUCAGGCUUAGAUUAAUCGGUACAGUAUCCAAAGCAUGGUUUGUAUAUUUUCUUAGGAGGAUUUUUUAUCAGUCCAGACCUGCGGGACACGAGAAGGAUUCGAUUUUUACACAAAUAACACACUCUGUAGAUGGUUUGUUUGUAUUAUGUUCAUUUUAUUCCCACAUUUAGAACACCAGUUUUUGUAUUCUUUACAAAGGAAAUGUACCACUGCUUCAGUGGACCACUAUGAAUGCAACUGUAUAACAAAUAAAUAUUUUUAUUGGCUGUUUAAAAAAGUACAAUGUCAUAAACGUAUAAUGUAGCACAGUGUAAUCCAGUUUUCAUAGAUAAUCAUGAAUAUGCAUAUAAUAGAAAAACAAGUAAUAUAAAAAAUCGUGAUGAGGCAGAAAGAUGAAUUCACAGAAGUGCAUAACAUUAAUUCCAGGUAAGGGGUGAAAUAAAGUGCAUCAGUUCUUUUGCUGUCUGACUCUG